AUGCCAAAAGUGCGUAGAAGUCGCAAGCCACCACCGGACGGAUGGGAAUUGAUUGAACCAACGCUGGAAGAAUUGGAACAAAAAAUGCGUGAAGCUGAAACUGAGCCACAUGAAGGCAAACGUAUCACCGAGUCACUUUGGCCAAUCUUCAAAAUACACCACCAGAAGUCUCGCUACAUUUACGAUUUGUUCUAUCGGCGCAAAGCUAUUAGCCGUGAAUUGUACGACUAUUGUCUGAAAGAGAAAAUUGCCGAUGCGAAUUUGAUUGCAAAAUGGAAAAAAUCUGGUUAUGAAAAUUUAUGUUGUUUGCGUUGUAUUCAAACACGAGAUACAAACUUUGGCACGAAUUGUAUUUGCCGCGUACCAAAAUCCAAACUGGAAGAAGGACGUAUUGUGGAGUGCGUGCAUUGUGGUUGCCGUGGUUGUUCGGGCUAGUGUAGGAAUAAUUAAC